UUAAGUACUAUGUGCCAGGCACAGGAGACAUAGCAAAUGCAAAAGGAGAUUCAAGCUUUGCUUUCAUGGGUCUUAGAGUCUAGUAACUCUAACUCAUGAAGAUCAAAUCUUUACUGAAACAAAUGUAAAAUGCGAACUAUGACCAGUGUUUUAAAGGAAAGGCAAUGGAGCCCAAGAUGGUGGGGGCCCGGGGAGAGGGUGGGCGCUGACAGUCUGAAGGGCGGUGGGGAGGGGAGCCCUGAAGAUGUGGUUACUAGGUGACUGGUAGGCAGGGGGUGGCGUUCUGCGGGUAGAGGUCCCUCGUGAGAUGGCCCAUCCCAGUGGGCCAGGGGAAGCCAGCAAGAGCCUGGCCACUCCAAAGGGUUGUGGGCUGUGGUAAGGGAACUCAUUGGCAUUUUUUGUUUCUGUAUUUUUUUUGUUUUGUUUUUUUGUGGGGUGGGGGAACAGUGGAGUGAAGGGAGGCUUGAGAGAGAAGGAGGUGGUCAAACUUAAUGGAACAUGGAUCAACGCAUCUUUCAAGGAAAAGAUUAAAAUGCAACCCCCUCCGAGGAACCUUCCCUGAUUUCUCCACUUCAGAACUAUGGUAUCCCUCAGUUUCUGUCCUUGAAGCCCUGGUUGAGAAACUCAAGAAGGGCAGUCAGACCUGGGAUCUGUAAUUCCUGCUACGGAAGGUCUUCAGCCUUCCUGGGACUCAGUUUCCCCAGCUGUGCCGUAGCAGGUUGUCUCGAAGGACCCGCCCAGCGCUAACGCAACGUGAUUCGCUCUGGCAGGAGCAGGGGGCUGCCCGCAUUGCUGCGCAGGCAUCCGGCUGCCGGCUGGGGCAUCGUCACCCAGCUGCGGGCGCUUUUCUCCGAGCUAGGGGCUGCAGGUAAGGAUCGCGGUGCCAGACGUAACGCAGGGAAGCGGGGGCGCGACCCCCGGCCUGCGCAGGCACCGCGCAGCCCCGCCUCCGCAGCCAGCGGCCCUGCGGCAGCCCGGGCUGGAGCUCCGCCCUCCGCCUCCCGCCAGCCUCGCUCCCUCCUCCCGCCUCCCCCGGCUGCUUGCUCGCUUCCUCCCCCGGCCGGCUCCGCGCUGACUCCGCCGCACGCUGCAGCCGCGGCUGGAAGAUGGCGGGGAAUGACUGCGGCGCGCUGCUGGACGAAGAGCUUUCCUCCUUUUUCCUCAACUAUCUCGCGGACACGCAGAGCGGAGGGUCCGGGGAGGAGCAGCUCUGCGCCGACUUCCCUGAGCUUGACCUCUCCCAGCUGGACUCUGGGGACUUUGACUCGGCCACCUGCUUUGGGGAACUGCAGUGGUGCCCAGAGAACUCAGCUCCUGAACCUGGCCAGUACAGCCCUGAUGACUCGGAGCUCUUCCAGAUAAUCGACAGUGAGAACGAGGCCCUCCUGGCAGCACUCACCAAGACCCUGGACAACAUCACUGAAGAUGAUGUGGGUCUGGCUGCCUUCCCAGCCCUGGACAGUGGAGAUACACCCCCCUGCGCUCCAGCUUCACCUGCCCCUUCAUCUGUGUCCCCCAGCCCCACCAUGGAAAGGCCCCAGGCCUCCACCCCUGAGGUGGAUGAGCUCUCAUUGCUGCAGAAGCUCCUCCUCACCACAUCCUACCCAACUUCAAGUCCCAAUGCCCAGAAGGAACGGACCGCCUGGCGCCAGGCCAGCCUCAGGCCCAAAAGUCAACGACCUUGUGUCAAGAUGGACAGCACCCAAGACAAGAGGCCCCCCACAACGCAGUCUCAGAGCCGGAGUUGUACAGAACUGCAUAAGCAUCUCACCUCAGUGCCGUCCUGCCCCCUGGCUAAAGCCCGCUCCCCAGAUAGGGGCCUGCAGCCGCCACCACCCCUGAGUCCCCAGCUCCCUGCUAGGGGGCAUGGGGGGCCUGGUGAGGACUGUCUGAGCCCCCAGCCAGCUCUGGCCCUUCCUCAGGGCUCCCCAGUACUGAGCAGGGCAGUUCCCAGCACCCAGGUUUCCCAGGAGGACAUGCAGGCGAUGGUGCAGCUUAUUAGCUACAUGCACACCUACUGCCUCCCCCAAAGGAAGCUGCCCCCACAGGCCCCGGAGCCAGCCUCCCAGCCCUGCGGCAGCCCCUCAAAGCAGGUCAAACCCCAGCCCCAGUCCCGGCACCCUUCCAAAGCUGCCUGGGCUGAGUUCUCCAUCCUGAGGGAACUUCUGGCACAAGAUGUCCUCUGUGAUGUCAGCAAACCCUACCGUCUGGCCACACCUGUCUAUGCCUCCCUCACACCCCGGCCCAGACCCAGGCCCCCAAAGGACAGCCAGGCCUCCCCUGGCCACCCAUCCCCUGCAGUGGAGGUGAGGAUUGCAGCUUCGCCCAAGAGUACCGGGCCCAGACCCAGCCUGCGUCCACUACGGCUGCAGGUGAAAGGGCACGACAGCCGGUCGGCCAGGCGGCAGCAGGACAAUGAUGAGGAGGAAGAAGAGGAGGAGGAGGAGGAGGAGUGGGGCUGGAAAAGACCAGGCAAAGGCCUGCCAUGCACCAAGCUAACGAGGAAGCUGGAGAGUUCGGUGUGCCCUGUGCGGCGGUCCAGGAGACUGAACCCCGAGCUGGGCCCUUGGCUGACGUUCACCGACGAGUCGCUGAUCCCUGUGGAGACCCAGAAAGCUCUGCCCUCACUGCGCCUUGCUUCUGAGGCCUACAGCAUGGCGGGGGAGCUGGGCAGCCCCAGGGACGAGGACAGCGGCCAAGACCAGCAGCUCCUCCGGGGACCCCAGAUCUCGGCUCUGGAGAGCCCCUGUGAGAGUGGGUGUGGGGACACAGAUGAGGACCCCAGCUGUCCACAGCUCCCUUCUGGAGACUCUCCCAGGUCCCUCAUGCUGGCCUUGUCACAAAGUGACCCUUCUUUUGGCAAGAAGAGCUUUGAGCAGACCUUGGCUGUGGAGCUCUGUGGCACAGCAGGACUCACUCCACCCACCACGCCUCCAUACAAGCCUACAGAGGAGGACCCCUUCAAGCCAGACAUCAAGCACAGCCUGGGCAAAGACCUGACUCCCAGCCGCCCCACCCUGGAGGUCCUCCAGCUUGAGGCUGCCACAGGGUCUGCCCACAAGCUGCCUAAGAAGCACCCAGAGCGGAGUGAGCUCCUGUCCCGCCUGCGGCAUGUCACAGCCCAGCCAGCCUCCCAGGCUGGUCAGAAGCGCCCCUUCUCCUGUUCCUUUGGAGACCACGACUACUGCCAGGUGCUCAAGCCAGAGGGUGCCCUGCAGAGGAAGGUGCUGAGGUCCUGGCAGCUGUCUGGGGUCCACCUGGAGCACUGGCCCCAGCAAGGUGCCCCACGGGCUGUGGCACUGGCCUCUGGCAGGGAGGAAGACAGAAGCUGUGGCACCAGGACCUCCCCCAAGGACAGUCCGCUGCUGAGAGACCAUGAGAUCCGCGCCAGCCUCACCAAGCACUUUGGGCUCCUGGAGGCCACUCUGGGGGACGAGGACCUGGUCUCCUGCAGGAGCCCCGAAUACGACACCGUCUUUGAGGACAGCAGCAGUGGUGAGAGCAGCUUCCUCCUGGAAGAGGAGGAGGGGGAGGGGGACGACGAGGAUGAUGAGGACUCGGGGCUCAGCCCCCCUCGCUCCGACCGCUGCCCCUACCAGAGCCCGCCCAGCAAAGCCAGGUGGCAGCUCUGUUCCCGCAGCCGCUCCAGCUCUGGCUCCUCCUCCUGCCGCUCCUGGUCACCAGCCACCAGAAGGACCUCCAGAUGUGAGAGCAGAGGGCCAUGUUCAGAUGGAACACCAAGCGUCUGGCGCGCCAGGAAGCGGCGGGAAAAGGCCAUUGGCGAAGGCCGUGUGGUGUACGUUCAAAAUCUAUCCAGCGACAUGAGCUCCCGUGAGCUGAAGAGGUGCUUCGAAGUGUUUGGUGAGAUUGUAGAGUGCCAGGUGCUGACAAGAAAUAAGAGGGGCGAGAAGUGCGGCGUCGUCACCUACCGCUGUACCGAGCACGCCGCCCUGUCCCUGCGGAGCGGUGCCGCCGCGCGGACGCUGAGCUCCGGGGGACUCGGGCCCCGCCGCUGGCCCAGGCACGCUGACUACGGACCUGUACCAAAGAGAGAGACUGAAGCCUCCCCUGCCCCUUGGAAGGUCCAGUCUUGUGUCCACAGCCAGCUGCCAGAACCACGACUACUGUCUCUGUCCCCACGGGGCCAAUGGCUGCCGUGCCUCCUUGAGGGGCAUUCCAUGGUGGCCCCAGCAGGCUGCAGCCUUGCCCACUGAUGGGCCACAGUGAAUAUUGUCCAUACUGUCAUCAUGCCCUCACCAUUAGGGGACAAGCUGGUGAAGACAAAGGACAAAGAAGUACAAGUUAGGAGAGAACUAUUUGCAGGUGAGAGUCGAUACAGCCUUGUAGUUCAGCGCGGAGUGUCAGGAGGCGCAGGAGGGUUCCCGGCAGCCCUCCACCUACCUGCAUGGCCGCUUCAGCAUCCCCACAGUGAGGGCCUCCUAGUGUUCUGGCCACUUGACGUGACUUCACAACAGUUUACUAAAGGGCAAGGAGCUGUUAGGGCAGGUAGGGUGCCAGCUGGAGAGGAGCUCUGAGGCGCUCUAGGUCAGGCCCCACCACUCUGCAGACAGGGCAGCCGGGGCCCCAAGACACUGACGACACGGCAGGGGUCCCCGCAGAGUGGCAGGGGCGACGCUUGCUGUCCAGCGCUCUGAGGCCUUGGGCCGCAUCUGCUCCGAGGGGCCGACCCUGGUGGCAGGUGUUCCAGGCACUGGCCUUUGUCACUUGCUCACCUCCUUCCCCUCUCCUUGACUCCCCAACCCCACUGCCCAGAGGCCAGUGCAGAAGAGGCCCUGCCUGCAGCAUUGAAAAACAAGUACGAAGCCAUGGAUUUUGACAGCUUGCUGAAGGAGGCCCAGCAGAGCCUGCACUGAUAACAGCCUUAACCUUCGAGGAAUACCUCAAUACCUCAGACAAGGCCCUUCCAAUAUGUUUACGUUUUCAAAGAAAUUAAGUCUAUAGAAGGAGAGAGAGCGAGCGCAUGAGAGAACACACGUGAGAGAGACUUGAAACUGCUGUCCUUUUUUUAAAAAAAAAUCAAUGUUUACAUUGAACAAAGCUGCUUCUGUCUGUGAGUUUCCAUGGUGUUGAUGUUCCACUGCCACACUAGUGUCCUCGCUUCCAGCGGGUUGUCCCUGGGUGUGCCUCCCGGUGCUGGGCGGUCACCCAGCUCCCCUCCCUUCCUCUCGUAGACGUGCAGCCAUGUUCACCAUAACAUUUCAUGUCUGUGGUGUGUGAUGAUGAAAUUAUUACUUGUGAAUAGAAUCAGGAUUAUAAACUCAUUUUCAAUUGAAGAAAACAAAAGUAUAUCCUUAAAAUAAUGUAUUUAUGGCUCAGAUGUGCUGAGCCUGGGAUUCUUGUAUGGCUUCCUUGAUUUUUUUAACUAUGCACUGUUGUGAGGUGUUUGCCACUGAGCUGCUCUACUCCCUUUGCCAGAAUGCCCUGGAGGGGCUGGGUGGCCAGUAGGCUGGUCCCAAGGAAGUGCGGCCUGCAGACACAGCUGGGGGCAGCAGAGAGAAGUUUCUGGGCCUUUGCUGCCCAGCUCUGCCCGUCUCUCACUGAGCAGGUUUGGGUGUAAUCACAUUUGGAGCCCUCGCCUGGUCCCUAGCUUAUGCGUGGAGUUUGUGCCUGGCCGUGAGGGCUCAGAUCCUCCCAGACCGCGUAGGGAAGGUGGGACAAGCCAGAUUAUUCCUGGUUUCCCAGGUGAGUCGGGCAGUGCUCUGAGUGGUGAAAUGGCUUGCCCGAGGUCCCACGGCCAGUGAGAAGGCAUAGCGGUGACGCAGCCCAGGAGUCCUGAUGGCUGGUCCCAUGCUCCCACAGUAGCUGGGGUGGAGAUAUAAAGUUGCAGGGACUGAUGGAGGUGAGUCCAGCUAAACUGGGCAGCAGGUAGAAGCCCACAGGUACAUUUUGGGGGUUGAGUCAACAGCUAACCCAUCAGCAUUAGGCGAGUUCAGCUCUGGGGUGUGUCUGGAUCCAGGCUUCCCUGUGGUUUGCCUACACCUGUAGACAGCCAUUAGCGCAUCCGAGACACACCUGAAGAGGCCCAGCAGGCCGUCUGGGGGCCAUCAUCCUUUCGGGGCCAACCACCAAUCCUUCCUAUGCCCUUCAGCUUGUCUUUCCCUUUUCCUCACCUGUAAAGUUGUUUUAGUGACAUGGGGCAGGGGGAGCGGAGAGGGGGAUGUGCAGGUCACAUGUGGGUAACACAAUCUCCAAGCUCCUUCCCAACUUAGAAAACAUUCUAAUUGGGCUUUACUUUAAAAUUUGUGUCCUUAAGUGGUGUCAAAGCCAUGUCCAGCUGGGUGUCCUGUGGGGGCCCUAGGGCUGGUUGUGCAGGAGGCACGGCUGGGCAGGGCAGAGCACCUCGCUAUGGGCAGAGCAGCUCCUGCACGACCUGCUUUGUCAGGGCUCGGGUUUAAAAAGCAAAAAAAAAAAAAUGGUCCUGCUGCUCUGUAAGAAAGUCCAAAAUUGACUCAUUACACUGACUCAGCUAAUUUAAUCUAUUGCUAAUGCCAGGCCUUGUCCUUUGAAACUUGUUUUGUUUUUUUUUCCAAAGAUUAUCCGGUACCUCAGUAGGUAAACUGGGCCAGUGAGCUUGUCCUGGGAGGUCGCACCCUCCAAGCCUGUGGAGAAGGCUGCAGGAGACUGGCUUUAGGAGGAGCGGGGAGCCUGAGCUUCUGUGUGUCACUUGACCUCUCUGGGCCCCAGUUUCCUCUUCUGCGAAAUGGACUGAGGUGGGGAAUUUAGCAUGUUCAUCUUUAAGGUCCCUGCCAGCUCUGAUCGUCUUAGUUUCUGGUAAGGUGGUAUCUACCUCAAGAUACCACAUAUAUGACACAGGUACCACUGACUGCUACACACUCGUGGCCAGUGGCAGACAUGACUUGUCAGCCGCAGCCCUCCUGUUCUCUGGGCUUGGCCAUGCUAUCAGAACCUUAAACACAGUGCCCUGGCCGACGUUACUAACUGAUCAGAGUUGAACCUAUUUGACAUGCUGGUCUAGUCUUUGAAAGGUUUCCAUCAUACAGGACCGUAAGGUGGCUGGACUUAAAGCUGGUCUGGCCCAUCCCUGUCUGAUGUCCUGAUCUAGUUCCCCUAUAGCUAUUUUUUGACAUAAGACCUACAAUACAACUGUAAUACACAAUCCCUUUGGGGGUGGGUGGGGUAGAGAAAUGGAAUAGCAGACAUGAACAUGUUUGAGGAAGCAGGGUUUAUGAGGAUAGACCAAAAAAUGGACUUUCUACAGCACAGACCUGAACAUUCUAGAUUCCUUUUCCAGCUAUUCACUGCCUGGCACAGAGUAGGCACUUAAUAAAUGGUAUGGAAUGGAAUCGAAUAGAAUUUCAAUCCAACUGCUGCCUCCCUUAAGUCCUGAUUUACACCAAGGAGUAAAGUAAGAUCUCAUCGUGUGGAAGCCAAUGGGAAAAACUCUAAAUUCAGAGUCUGGAAAGCUGGGUUGAGUCCUGGCUCCACCAAGAACUUACCUGUGGUCUUGAUAAGUCACAGAGUCCCUUUCCCUCUCUGGAGCUAGUAAGAAUUGGACUAGGUGAUCUCUAAGCCCCUCAUGGCACUAGGCCAGAGAUCCUACCAUGGGCAGAACCACUUUGGGGUAAAAAAAUGGGGAUCUUUAGUGAAGAACAAGUCUCUUCCCUCCCCUCUUCUGCUGAAGCUGUCCUUUCUCAUUAGGUUAAUACAUGGCACUUAAGUUACUAAGACAGUGACCCUUGAGCAGAGCAGAGCUGAGGUCUGAGAAUGCACUGGGACACGAUGUGCCUAAGGUCAGGGCUGGGGCUGCUGACGGGAGAGGAUGUCUGCCAGGAGCAUCUGGUAGUUUCUGCUCGCCUCCCAUGCACACAAGGCUGCAAGUUCUAAGAUUGACCAAUCCCGGAGACAACCUUUAUCUGAAAGAUUCAUUCGGUGCUCUGUAUCAUUUACCAAGGAGACUCCAAGUUCUCUCCAGGAAAACUAGUCAACCUUGUCUCUUUCCCACCAAAUUAAGGAAUGACCCAGAGGGAGCAACUGCCCUUGGCAACCAUCUCAUUGUAGCUCUGUCCUAGUAUUUGCUCUUGAUGAUGUUUACAUGUGAUUGCCAUAAAAGCUUACUGCAGACUGUGUUUGUAGCCGCCCAUGCAGGGCAGGUUGUUCUGUCCAUCUCUGUGCUGUGCUGGUGUUUUCUGAUAAUGUGGAUAAGUGGAAUUCUUCCAUCUCCUUCCUCAUUCGGUACAAGGCUGAAUCAGAAUCCUCACUUUUGGGGGCUCUGGUUACUGAAGGAAAAUGCAUCAAAGAGGUAGAGCAUUUGAAUGGGUGGAGUGCAGCAAAGACUCCCUUAUCUCCUCGCCCUUGCCCUGCAACCAGGAAACUGCUUUCAGUCAAAAAGCACCAGUCAAUUGUCUGUAUCUGCCCUGAGGUCUCUCAGCACUGCAUGUCAAAUACACUCAGGAGAGAGGCGGGGCUUUGGGGACACGAGGAGGACGGGAGCACUGCUCUGACCUGCAAAGUCUUGGUACCCAAAUCUGGCUGUGGGAAGAGAUGCCAUAAGAAGUCUUUCAGUCACCUGAAGCCUGUGCUUGUUGAUGUCUAGAGAGUGAUUUCUUCUCGGCAUAUGCAACGCGCAUGCUGAGGCCACUGUGCAAAGGUGAGUGGAGGGGGCAGGAAAGGCAUUGACAGCAUGGUCCUUCUGCGUGGACAGGUCAGAACCCCAUCCCAGGCCUCGAAUGCCAUUGAAAUCACAAUUGAGCCUGAAGCUUGAGAGACGGGGUCAUCCCAGCUAAUCUGCCUCCCUGUCAAAUUGCGGUAUUUUUCUUAGCAUUUGAGACUUAGUAACUGCUCUCAGAUAUGACCAAGGAAGGAAAUGGGAUAGACAAUAGGAAAUGAAGUGAACCUAAUGGUUUCAUAGGCCAAAGAAGAGAGAACACCCCUACCCCCACCCCACCCUUUCCCAGUGGGGCAGAUGGAAACCAGUUAGUACUUACGUGCAAUAUAUUUAAGCUGGUCUCCCAGUCCCUGAGGUGUUUGCACACAUAGAGGAGCUCCAGGGCUGUUUACUGAGUCUGGAGGUACAGGGUAAGUGGAGGGAGAGCUUGGGAACUGGGAAACCCACAGAGGCCCUUGCCCCAAAACAGAUGUGGGGGGAGGGUGCCUGGCAGCCAACUGCAGGACAUCCCAGAAGUAGGCCGAGGCUGACUUUGUAGUGAAGCCAAUAAAAGCACAGAAAAUCACAACACUCCAGCCUGGCUCCAUGUUUCUGCACUGGCAAUUAGGGUUUCAUUUGGCUGUGCGAGGCACUCCGCUAGGGAUUAGCAUGGGGUCAGGAAGGGCAGGUGUAAGGGAGAAGAGAGCAGAGAUGUCUCCCUAGAUCUCAGCAGCAGGAGAGCCCAUCCUAGGGCAGCCCUUUGCCAGCCUCUCUGCUGGAGGCCCCAGAAACAGAAUGGUGAGUUUAGAUCUUGCUACCUGUUUUUGUAAAUAAGAAAUAAAAGCCCAGCUGACAAGAGGGUUUGCAGAGCAAGUCAUUUAACUAUAAGCCAUCUCAGAUUGAGAAGCCUGAUGUUUCUUACUUGCUAUGUGAUCUUGGGCCUUUGUUUCCUCACCUAGCAAAUGAGAAUAUAGGAUUGGAUGAGCAUUGAAGUCCCUUUCACCUCUGACAGGCACAGAUUCCCAUCCUGGGGCAUUAGGAAUCCACCACUAACUCGUGAAACCAAUUUCAUUCACUGGCUGUGCCCACUUCAUAUUCGAGGUGAGAAUUCUCUGCAAGGUAACCAACCAGCAGUAGAUUCAAACCCACACUGUCCUGGCUGACUCACCUUACUCAAGGGGGCCAGCUCCCCAGGACAGAGCUAAGCCAUAGUUUCUAGUGAGGAUGGUGAGAGGUUAAACCAGCCUGGCCAGGUGGAGGUGCCAAACCUCACAUCAGCCUUGCCGUCGUCCCCAUGGAGCAGCUUUUAGUUUGAAUGUUGUGACCAUUUGGCUGCUUCUCUCUUGCUCAUAGACAAUGCUAGCAAUACACUUCAAAACAGCCAACUUAGGCACUUUUCACACAUUUCUUUCAAAUGAUUGUAAAACAUAUGGGGACAGGAGGCAUGGAUCACACUGUAUAUGUUUAGGGCAGCUUUUGUUUUUGUUCUUUAAUGGUAUAGCAGUGGUGACUGAAGCUUUGAGAUUUGGGGGCACAUUUUCAGAUACUCUUUCAUUAAAAUGCCUUGCAGAUCCUUAGAAGCAUCAAAGACAUCUAACUGCCUGAAUUGAGGGCUGGAAAAUUAUUUUGUCGGUCAUUCCCUGGGCUGUGCAACAUCACUUCCAAAAGGUGUUUAGAUACUAGAACCCUCACUGUUAGGUAUGUUUUGUCAAAGGAUCACCCACAGAAGCCUGAGAAAGCCUCCCUUUCCACUUUGCCAGCCUCGUUCAUGGGUGACUUGUAAAGGGACUGGUCAGCUUCCACCUCAGCACUUUGCCUUAUCAACGUCUAGUCGUCAUCUAAUAAUGGCCAAAGACUGUAUCCACCAGCUACCCAGAUGGAAAGCAAAUAAACCACCUUGCUGUCCAACACCAUCUGUGGGAACAAAGUAUAACAGCUCCAGCGAACCAUGUGUGUGGAGAGCCCAGUGUAACACCAAUCACAGGGUCCCGGGAGCAACCACUUAGUAGAGUGUCACGCAGACUGAGAAGCACACUAGCUGUCCUGUGGGCAGAGGAGACCGAAACAGACCCUGUGUCCAGGUGCCCGGGAGGGGUUUACUGUAACUGCAAUACUGGCAGUCCAGCUGCUGACCUUGUUAAGUGAACCUCUGUUAGGUGACCUGCAUUGUACCCUGGGGAGAAGCAAAGAGGUUGGGUGUGGUGGUUCUGGGGGGCGAGGAGCAGGCCUGCCAUGGUCUUCGAUAUGGUCCACGAAUAACUGAACAGGUUUUUGUCUGUUUGGUUGGGUGGUUUUGUAUUUUGUAUUAAAAAAAAUCUUGUCAGGUGUUUUGUGUUAGGAAUAAAAAGUCAUAAACUAUUCCCAACUUUGUUUCUUGAGGAAUGUUCUGAUUCCUGUGGAAACAGGUUGGAAAUCUCAAGGGGCGUGUGGUCAGGGUGGUCAGUGGAACAGGGAAGUGGGCUGCUUGGAUUUUCAGAUGGUUUGUGGGGGAGACAACCAUCCAGAAGUCCAGUUUGGUGUAGUCUGCUCUGGAAAUUCACCCCCGUCCCCUGCAUCUCCUUGUGCCACGGUGUUAGCAUCGACUUGGAGCAUCUGCUUCUUCCAGAGGCAGCUACUGAUGUUGAUGCCUCCACAGGAUCCCUGGCCCCAGCCCCAGGUUUCUAGAGAGACGGUGUCUGUAGCCAGCCUUACCUGACUUGGCACGGUGGUCCCUGGGGCCCCUUCCAGCAUUUCCAAAUCUUGGACUCAAAUCCUUUUCUCUUGGUGUGGUCAUUCAGCCUCGAGAAUUCUGAGCAAUAGGGAGCCAGGGCUUUCCCUGGCUCUGUGACAGGGACGGACCAGGGAAUGGCUCAACUUGUGAGGUCUGGACAUCCCCAGGGUUACUGCCGUAGGGGGUGUUAUUUAUUAGGAAGCCCAACAAGGUAACUACAGCCUGGGGUGUGUGAGUGCAAGGCUGUGUGCACCUGCACCUGUGCACGCCUGUGUGUGUGUGUGUGUGUGUGUGUGUGUGUGUAUAAUUACAUUGAUGCAUUUCUUGAGAAAGGUGCAAGAAUUUCACCUACACAGAGGGACACAUCUGCUUUGUUGUUUAUAAUAGAAAGCUAAAUUUUAAUUUUUUAAAGGACACUGCUAAUGAUUGAGAAUCGAGUUUUUAAUUUUGCUGUUUUUUUUAAUUGGUAGGGGAUUUUUUAUAUAUUUUUUUCCAUUUUGUUGGGUUGUGUCCUUAUUUAUAUAAAUACUUUAUCUGUAAGGCAAGGAAGAGACCUUCUCUGCUUUCAGUUAUUGUGGUUGUCAUCGUCCCUGUUUUAUUUCUGGUGUGAUUUAUCUGUCUUACCUUCUAAAUGAGAAAAUGUUUUCCUGUAUUUGUACAUGGUCAGAUUCUAUAGUUUCCUAGAUAAUUUAACCAAAUUGCUCUAUGUAUAAUUAUUCUGUGAGUAUAAAGUUCUAUUUUAACGUCUGUAAAUACUUCAAAACUAGCUUCUUUUCUCAAACUCCCACUGUGGAGUUAUUGUUUACAUCACAAAAACUGUAGAAUCUCUAUGCUCAUGUAAUGUAAAUAGUGAAGUGAUCUGCUUAUAAAUAAACUUAACAAAUACUCUAUGGAGAUUAAAAAGAAAAUACUGCCUAUAGCCCUG